AUGAACGCUAUUCGUCAAAUUAUCUCACGACGCUCUGUCAUGGCGAUGGGCCCUCGCCUCACAUCCCCUGCUCGAUAUGCUUCGACAGCCGUAUCACAUCAAGCCCACCCCAGUAUGUCCCCCAAGGACAGACAAUUCAUGAGAGGGAUCUUCACCGUGGCGACUGUUGGAACUGCAGGUGCUGUGGCUUAUGGGUCUGUCUUUCUUCUGCCAAGAGUCAAGGCUAACAAGGAUGUUCCUCUCCAGGCUGCCAGAUCAGGUGGACGGAUGGCCAAUCGCUUCUCCAAGCGGAACUCGACCCUCGACAGCACCAAAUGGUUCGCCGAGAGCUCAGAAUAUAACCGGACGUUGGGCAACAAGCACUAG